UCAGAACGGGACUAAUAAUCCAAUUGGCCCUUUUUGAAUUCUGUCGCAACAAUAUUUUCUCCUCUUUCGUCCUUCUUCUAACCAAACCGACGCAUUCUUUCAGAAGCUUUCAACUUUCACACACUCUGCUUACCCACCUAAACAAAAACACCAGAAAGAUGAUUCAGCUGCUGUUCGUAGUGAUUCUAUCAGAAAUGGUUAUGAUACUGGCGUUUCUGUUCAAGACCCCCUUCAGGAAGCUGGUGAUUUUGGGGCUGGAUCAGAUCAAGCGCGGCCGCGGCCCCGUCGUGGUGAAGACGGUGGCGGCGACGGUGUUUGUGGUGGUGAUGACCAACGUUUACAGCAUAGUUAAGAUCAGGGCGAGCCGGAUCGACAAAGCUGCUGUUCUUAGUCCCACCGAUCAGGUCCUCAUGAUCAAGCACCUUCUCGACGCCACUCUCAUGGGAUGCUCCCUAUUUCUUGCUCUUAUGAUAGACAGACUACACCACUACAUUAGAGAACUUCGUAUACGCAGAAAGAGUAUGGAAGCCCUUAAGAAACAGAACAGAGGAUCUGAGGAUGGAAAAUCUAGCAUUUUGGAUCAGAUGAAAGUUUCGGAGAAUGAGAUGGCUACGUUGCGGACUAGACUCAAACAGCUAGAAUCAGAAAUCGAGACAAAGACAAAGGAUGUUCAUACUGCAGAGUCCAACGUCCUUGCUCUAAGAAAACAAUCGGAAGGGUUUCUUCUCGAGUAUGACCGCUUACUUGAAGAAAACCAAAAGUUAAAGAAUCAGUUGAAGUCAUUGGACUGGAGAGUGUCACGUUUAGGUAGCAAGAAAGAUUCAUAAGGGAUUUUGCCCACUUUUGAGAUUUUUAAUUUGUUAUGAAAUUCCAUAGAAGUUUUUUUGUGAGUGUUUUGAGAUGGGUUUAUUUAUUACAUUUAAUUUGUCAUUUAUCUAAUUAUGGGGAGAGAGAGAGGCUUACCACUUUGUAUGGUUGAUGUAACUAAAAAUUGAGUGUUGAAGUAGAAUGGAUCAAUUAUUCCAUUUUGUCUUGAUAAA